AUGAAGAAAGUUGAUGUCUUCUCAAUACAAAUUAUUGCAAAAUACUUACAAACGAACUCGGACUUCCUCAAUAUCAUUCAAAUUUGUAAAAAGUUUCGAUAUGUUCUAGACCGCUUUCGAGAAAAUCCAAUUGCCUUAUCUCUGGAUAACAAGAAAUUGUUUCAAUGCAUUGAGACUCAAGUAUUUUACACUCCUUUUGAUUACUCACUUCCUGGACUGAAUCUCCACGUUUAUUUAUAUCGAGUCUCGUAUUCCGAAUACAAGAAAAAGUCGAGUCAAUAUGAAAUCUACAAAAGUGUCACAUACACAAAAGAGGACGUGGACAAUUAUGGCGUUUUAAUACCAAAAGAAGUCAAUUCAAUUUCUUCAAAAGCCUUUUCAAAAGAAGAUGAUGAUUUUGAUGAUGAUCAAGAUGAAGAAAAAAAUGAUUCAAUUAAAACAAUUAUAAUUCCUAAAAAUGUUACCGAACUUUAUGAGUCUGCUUUUGAGGAUUGUACAUUUGAAAGUAUCGAACUUCCUGACACUAUUCGUUAUAUAGGAAAUAACGCUUUUAGUUCUUGUGGUAAUUUGAAAGAAAUGGUUUUACCUGAAACACUGAAAGUGAUCCCAAAUGAGUGUUUUUAUUUUUGUAAAUUAACAAAAAUUGAUUUGCCAAAAAGUCUUCAGUGUAUUGGUGAGGGGGCUUUUAUAAGUUGUCACAUAAAAGAAAUUACUAUUCCUGAAAAUUGUGAAUUAAAAAGUGAAUGUUUCAAUGGUUGCAUGAUGCUUUCUUUUAUUUCACUUAAAGGACAAAAACGAAUACCAAAUGGACUUUGUAAAGAUUGUGAUAAUCUGAUAAAAAUAGAAAUAGACGAUAAUUUGGUUUCAAUUGGUAAUGAGGCAUUUUCGAGAUGUGAAAAACUUCAAGAUUUGAACUUUUCAGAAAAUUUGGAGUUCAUUGGAGAUCAAGCUUUUGAGUGGUGUUUUAAUUUUAAAGAAAUAGUUUUAAAAGAAAAAGUGAAUUAUGUUGGUAAAUGUGCGUUUUUCUUUUGUUCCAAUCUGGAGGAAAUUUAUGUUAAAAACAAAAACACUUUAAUUGGUUUAGGUGCGUUUAAUUGUUGUAACAAAUUGACUAAAAUUGAAAUUCCAAAUUUAGAACACAAAUGUCAACAUGGAAUGAUGCAAAUGACAAAAGAGGAGUUUGAAAUGUAUUCCAAAACGUACAAAAACGUUGACAACGAUUCUGUUGAAUUGUGUUUGUGUAAUGAUAGAAAUGUCGGUCCUGAAGAACAAAUUGAUUUUAAUAAAAUUACAAGUAUUUAUAAUUACGACAAUUUUUUGAUUAAAAAUUUGGAUUUGGGAACUACUCUUGAACAAAUAGAAGAUAGAGGAUUAAAUGUACCAAUUUCAUCUCUUUUUAUACCAUCCACUGUAGCUUUAUGUAACAAAGAUUGUGUUAAUAGUAACAACUUAAAAUAUUUCGUUAUGCCAAAAUAUUCAACAACAAUUUGUAAAGAAGCCAUAACAAUUAACAGAUUUAAUAAAAUAGCAUUUGCAAAAAGCACAACAAAAAUUGGUAAAAAGACUUUUAAUUAUUGUAAUUUCAAAUCAAUUGAAAUUUGUAAUGGAAUAACAGAAAUAGAAGAUUGUGCAUUUUGUGAAUGUGGCAAUUUAGAAGAAAUUGUUAUUCCAUCGUCUGUCACUAAAAUAACAGAAAAUUUUGUUGUUGCGUGUUCUUCACUUUCUUCAAUAAAAUUUGAAAACAAUUCAAUUUUGGACAUUUCACGUGUCAUUGAGAAAAAUCAACUUUUUUCAGAAGAUAUAACAGAAAUUCCAAUUUGGCUUGAUGAAUUAACAAAUUCGUUAAAUUUUGAAGAAAGUUUGACUAAAAUAGUUGUUCCAAAUUCGGUAACAAAAAUAGACAAUUACAUGUUUUCAGGUGAACCAAAUUUAGUUGAAUUGUCUUUACCAGGAAAUAUAAAGAAAAUUGGGAAACACAUCUUUUCUGACAAUGACAACAAAAUGACCAAAAUUGACAUUGGUAACAACACAAAAGAAGAAUUUGAUAAAUAUGUUGUAAACUACGCGUGUCAUUUAAGACUUUUGAAUUUUGGGUAUCAUUUUGAUAAUAUCGAAUUUAAUAUUGAUGAUUAUGAACGUUUUGGUAAUGUUUUUGAUAGUAAAAUUGUGACAAAAUAUGAACAAACAAAAGCAUUUAAUAAUACCGUAUUUGAUUAUAUUCCAAAAUUUGUCGCUAAAUACAGUGAUCUGAAUAUAAAGUCCGAGUCGCUCGUUUUUCCAAAAGAAAUCACAGAAAUAGUCAAUGAAAGUUGUCAAAACAUGAAAAUAACAUUUGUUGAAAUACCAAAUAUUGAAAUUAUAAGCAGAGAAGCAUUUUCAAAAUGUUAUUAUUUAACUCAAUUGGUCUUUUCUAAAAAUCUUAAAGAAAUUAAAAAAUUUGCGUUCAGUGAGUGUGUUUCUCUCGAAGAAAUUUCUUUACCAAACAGUCUUCAAAAAGUGGGAGAAGGUGCUUUUAAAGGCUGUUCACGUCUUGAAAAAGUUAUUUGCGAAAACGAAAAUGUUAUAUAUGGAAGAAGUUGCUUUAUGAAAUGUGUUUCACUUAAAAAAGUCCCCAUAAUUAGACAUAUUGCAACUGCAAUGUUCUUUGAAUGCAAAUCACUUGAAAAAAUCUUUUUAAUUGAAAAAUGUGAAGAAAUUUGUGAAUUUGCAUUUUACAAAUGUUUUUCACUUUCUAAAAUUGACAUUCCAAAAAGUGUUACUAAAAUUGGUGCUUUUGCGUUUAGAAAAUGCCUUUCACUUACCACUUUCGAAAUACCAGAAAAUGUAUUGUGUCUUGGAGAUGGCGCUUUCUAUGAUUGCAAAAAUUUAGAAAAAGUUGUAAGUAAAAAUACAAAUAUCUUAGGGAAAUGUGACUUAUUUGAGGGAUGCGAGUCUUUAAGAAUUUUUGAAUUUGGACAGGAUUAUACAAAAUACCAAUUUGAGGUUAGUUAUUCGUUUUCUGUUCACAUGAAAAAGCUCAACAUUUGUUGUGAAAAUGUAGUUAUAAAAAGAAGUGAUGUUCUUCUAUAUGGAACAACCAAAAUGUUAAACGAAAUGAAAACAAACAAAUUUAUUCGCCGUAUUGAUGAAGGAGCUUUUUAUAACAACACUGAAGUGACAAAAAUUGUAAUUCCAGAACAAAUCACCGACAUUGGUAUUUAUGCAUUUUAUAAAUGUGGAAAUUUGAAAGAAAUUGUCAUUUCAAAAAGUAUUGAUAACAUUCCUGAAUUUUGUUUUGCGGGGUGCACAAAUUUGGAAAUUGUAAAAAUAGAAGGAAAUGUUACAACAUUCAGAUUUUGUUGUUUUAGCAACUGCGACAAGUUGAAUAAACAAAUUGAAGCACCCGAAGAAUGUUACGAGACACUUCCAGGUGAUGAAAAUGAACCGCAAGAUGACGAAGAUGAGGAAUAUAAUUACGAAAAUUACAAUAACGAAGAAUUUAACGAUCAACAGUUAGAUGAUAGUGAUGAAAAUGACAAUUUGGAUGACAAUUAA